UAGAACAAUAUGAAACAGAACAAUAAAAAAAAGAACAAAGAGCACAAGAAAAGUCAUUUGCAUGUAAAAAUGGAGCUAUUACAAUGAUGAACCCAUCAGUCUGAAGAGAAGGUCACCAGAUGUUCGAGAGGAGCGCCGUCCACCAACGGCUGUGCUGGGGAGCUCUCUACCUGUUGGCAGCAGGGGUGGCACUGACAUCUGAGACGCGUUGGCUGUGUCCGCCAUUCUGCCACUGUAAUGCUACGGUGCUGGAAGUGAACUGCUCUGGUGGCCAACUUACCAGAGUUCCUGAUGGUCUCUCACAGGAAGCCAGGCUGCUAAACUUAACCCACAACACGCUUAAGACUUUGGUGCGUCAGCAGUUCCACACGUUGACACAGCUGUCGGACUUGGAUUUAAGUGACAAUCUUUUGGUAAUAAUUGAAGUGGAAGCCUUUCUUGGCUUGCAGAGUCUGAGAACUCUGCGCCUUUGUCGCAAUCACCUGAAGAUUAUCCCAGUGGGAGUGUUUGCUGGCUUAACAAACCUCCAGUUACUGGAUGUAAGCAGCAAUCAGCUUCUUGUUUUCCUCGACUUUACUUUCAGUGAAUUAACUUCCCUGCGGGUCAUGAAAGCUGCAGAUAAUGACUUGGUUUAUGUCUCUCAUCAAGCUUUUACAGGACUAAUCAGUCUGCAGGAGCUGCACCUUGAUGGCUGCAACCUUACUGCUAUGCCAAUGGAAGCGCUCACACAACUUAGCGUGCUGAGAAGCCUUAGUUUUCACCGACUGGGCCUCACUACGCUGCCAAACUACUCUUUCCGCCACCUAGUCCACCUAAAGGAACUUGUCAUUUCUCAUUGCCCCUGGCUGGAGAGUCUGUCAGGGAACAGUCUCUUUGGCUUAAACCUCACAUCACUAACCAUUAAACACGGCAACCUAAGUGCCUUCCCCUACAUCCCCUUACAUCACCUUGUAUAUCUCGUAUACCUUGACCUUUCUUUUAACCCCAUCACCUACAUUCAUGCAAACCUUCUCGGAGACUUGCUCCGGCUCCAAGAGUUACAUCUUGUUGGGGGAUCGCUGCUUAGGAUUGAAAUCGGAUCAUUCAGGGGUUUGGCCCACUUCAGAUUGCUGAAUGCAUCCAGAAACCGUCUUACCACACUUGAGGUUGGAGCUUUUUAUUCAGUGGACACCCUAAGAACUCUGGGGCUUGAUAACAACCCACUGGCAUGUGACUGCCGUUUGCUUUGGGUGGUGCAAAGGCGACUAUACAUGGACUUUGGUGAAAGUCCGCCAACUUGCAUUACCUCAGUCCAGCUGCAGGGCUGGAAUUUUCUGGAUUUCCCUGAGGUUGAGCUGCCGGAUUUGCUUACCUGUCGGCCACCUCGAAUUCUUAACCGCAAAGCUCAGGUGAUGAAAGUAGAUCAGGGACACACAGUGGUGUUUCACUGCAGUGCCGAAGGUGACCCUCUGCCAUCUGUCAGAUGGCUAAACCCACAGCUAAGAUCUUUAUCACCCAUCGGCAGAGUACGAGCUCUGUCCAAUGGCUCGCUGGAGGUUCGCUAUGCUCAGCCUCAAGAUAGUGGCAAGUAUCUCUGUGUGGCAUCAAACGCAGCGGGAAACGACAGCCUGCCCAUUAGCCUUCAUGUCCAAACCUUUCCAUCAUCUUCUAAGAAACCAUUUCGUCUUAAAGGUUGGUCUGCCUUUCCAUCUGCUGCUCCAGGUGUGAACGGAAAUCAGAAACUCAAUUUUGAUGUAAAGACCCUACUGAUAGCAGCAACCAUAGGGUUUCUCUCGUUUUUCAGCUCUGUGAGUGUUUGUUUCAUUUUCAUGUUCUUCUGGAGUAAGGGCAAAGGUCAGAUAAAACACACAGCCACAAUCGCGUAUGUGCCACGAAGCGCCAUGUCGAGCAGUAAUGGAGGGACAAGCAGCUAUAUGGAAACGGGGAGGUUUACCAUGAAGCUGUUAUGAGUCAAUAAGCAAAGAAUAUAUUCACCUGAUAUUAGUAGGUAUCAGUGAAUAAACUGCAAGAUGCUUCAAUUUAUUUGUUUUUUGCUUGAAUCUGAUAAUAAUGAGCAUGUUGUCUUAAUUAAUAAUAUUUUAAAUUGCAUUUAAGAAAUGUGACCUGACAAACCAUGAUCAUGUUUAUCUUGCAACACAAAAAAAUAAGGAAAUGAGGAUAAAAUAAAUUAAAGAGUAAACUUAAAAUAACAAUUACAUUGGACUUCAGGUGGACUAUUUGGACUGAUGAGAUAUGGAGAAUCCAACAAUAGCGGUAUAACCUUAUAUUAAGGUUAAUGUGCAGUUUAUUAUGCGGCUUCUUUUCUGUAGCAUGUUAUCUUUUCUUGA